AUGGGGCUAAACUGCUUCAAAUGGUUACUCAGAUAUAGUAGAAUAUCUUGUAGAGAAUGGGCUGGAGUUAACCUCAAAGACCGCAAUGGUUGUACACCUCUACACUGGGCUGCUUCAAAUGAUCACUUAAAGAUAGUAGAAUAUCUUGUAGAGAAUGGGGCUGGAGUUAACUCCAAAGACGCAAUGGAUACACCUCUACACUGGGCUGCUUCAAAUGAUCACUUAAAGAUAGUAGAAUAUCUUGUAGAGAAUGGGGCUGGAGUUAACUCCAAAGACCGCAAUGGUUAUACACCUCUACACUGGGCUGCUUCAAAUGGUUACUCAGAUGUGGUAGAAUAUCUUGUAGAGAAAGGACCGCAAUGUUGUACACCUCUACACUUAGCUGCUUCAAAUGGUUACUCAGAUGUAGUAGAAUAUCUUGUAGAGAAAGGGGCUGGAGUUAACCUCAAAGACCGCAAUGGUUAUACACCUCUAUACUUAGCUACUUCAAAUGGUCACUCAGGUGUAGUAGAAUAUCUUGCAAAGGAAAAGGCUAAAGUCGAUUCCGAAGAUGAUAAUUAUUCUACAUCUCUACACUUAGCUGCUUCAAAUGGUUGCUUAGAUGUAGUAGAAUAUCUUAUAAAGAAAGGGACUGAAGUUAACCUCAGAGACCACAAUGGUUAUACACCUCUACACUGGGCUGCUUCAAGUGGUUACUCAGAUAUAGUAGAAUAUCUUGUAAAGAACGGGGCUAAAGUUAACCUCAAAGACCACAAUGGUUAUACACCUCUACACUUAGCUGCUUCAAAUGGUUACUCAGGUGUAGUAGAAUAUCUUGUAGAGAAUGGGGCUAAAGUUGAUUCCGAAAAUAAUAAUUAUUCUACACCUCUACACUUAGCUGCUUUAGAUGGUUACUCAGAUAUAGUAGAAUAUCUUAUAAAGAAAGGGACUGAAGUUAACCUCAAAGACCGCGAUGAUUCUACACCUCUACACUGGGCUGCUUUAAGUGGUUACUCAGAUAUAGUAAAACAUCUUGUAAAGAACGGGGCUGGAGUUAACCUCAGAGACCGCAAUGGUUAUACACCUCUACACUGGGCUGCUUCAAAUGGUUACUCAGAUGUAGUAGAAUAUCUAAAGAACGGGGCUAAAGUUGAUUCCGGAGAUAAUAAUUAUUCUACACCUCUACACUUAGCUGCUUUAGAUGGUUACUCAGAUAUAGUAGAAUAUCUUGUAGAGAAAGGGGCUAAAGUUGAUUCCGAAGAUAAUAAUUAUUCUACACCUCUACACUGGGCUGCUUCAAAUGGUUACUCAGGUGUAGUAGAAUAUCUUGUAAAGAACGGGGCUGGAGUUAACCUCAGAGACCGCGAUGGUUCUACAUCUCUACUAAAAUAUCUUAUAAAGAACGGGGCUGAAGUUAACCCCAAAGACCGCAAUGAUUAUACACCUCUACACUGGGCUGCUUUAAGUGGUUACUCAGAUGUAGUAAAAUAUCUUGUAAAGAACGGGGCUGAAGUUAACCUCAAAGAACGCAAUGGUUAUACACCUCUACACUUAGCUGCUACAAAUGGUCACUUAGGUGUAGUAGAAUAUCUAUGA